UCGUAGCGCAUGCUUUCCGCGAAGGACAGGGCCUACUUGAGAAAAAAAAAUCCGCCACGGAAGAAAGGCCCGACGCAAGUAGCGGAGAUGUAGUUGCGACAAGACUCCUCACAGAGUCAGCAGCAACGUGCAGUGAGCAGGAAACUGACGUGGCUCGGUGCAGCAAGUACGGCAUGGCGGUCUCGUCGGGUGGCUCCUCGGGGCGAGCGCGUCUCGUCUGGAGCGAAAAGCGGGACGAUUGGAUUGUCGUUAACGACGAAUCGGGGGAGGAGAUUUUUAGCAACAGCAGCGUUACGCCGUCAGGGGAUCUUUCAGUAGGAGCGACUGAGCCAGAAAGCAAGGGCAGCGACGCGUCAACAGAUCUUCCCGCAGAAGUAUCCGCGUUACAAAGCAACAGCAGCGACUCGCGGCCAGCGCAUCCUCCAGGAGAAGCGGCACAGUCAGAAGACAAGGGCGACGAUGCGUCAGGGGAUGUUACAUUCGCGGCUGAGGCAAAUCUGCUGAGGGUCUC